AUGGCAACCAAACAGUUCCAUUUCAAAGCAAAAGGCGAGGCUGUCAAAUAGGAGUUGGAAUUGAUUUGCCAUCUCCAUCAGUGGAGGGAUCACAUGAGCAAGAAUGCCAUCACAGACAAGCUCAAACAGCAGUGCAGAAAAUGGUCCAAGUCACCCAGCGGACAUCAUCCCCAUGGUCCUGACUUCUGCUACUCAGGAGCACUUUGGUUGCAUUGCCGAUGAGGACGUCACAGGGGAGAACCCCUACAAGCUGCUGAAAAAAGAUGACAUCUUAGAGGACAUGAAGGCAAAAGCUGCAGUGUCUGAUUUCAGCCCUGUGAAGCAGAUUAUUCUGGAGUAUCCAGAGAGUGAGCUUUUGCUCGUCUAUGAUCGGGACUUCACCUAUGGCCAAUUGUUCUAUCUGGUUGUGACACCAGAAGCAAAGGAAAGAAUCCUCAAUCCUCCUGAAUCUGAGCCUGAAGAAGAUUUCGAGGAUGAAAUCAAAACUCCAGAACCCAAGGAAUGGAUAUCACUCGGCAGUGAAAAAGAAAUUGAUGAAGAAUCUGUCAAAGAGACAAGAGGAAAGUUAUUGUACAAGUUCUCCAGAGCUCGGAGGAAUUUUGGGAUACCGGUCUCUCUUUCGGACCGCAAUGUUACAGAUGUUAAAGAUGGCAUCCUGGAGUGUGUGUCCUACCAAGACAGGCGAUUCAACAUCAAGCUGUUACAGAGAGAUUGCGGGGUGCAGGCUAUUCCCAUUGUCCAGAGCAGCAGCGCCCAGACACUGUGGAAGUAUAUGAGGAAUAACUGUACACAAUACACGCCGGGAGAAUUGAGCAAAAAUGAGAAGGAGAGCCCUCAACCAAGCCUAAGUGAUUUUUUUGAUGCAGUGACAAACAGGGUUCUGCAUGCCCUUCAGCAGGAAGAGAUUAUGAACGUGUUCAAAGAUGACUGGAUGGCUUUGGGGACAAACACUGAGGACAUUGACUGGUCUGGGAAGGUGUCGGAUGUUUUGAUGCUGAAUCAGGCUUUUUCUGACCCAAAUUACUCUCAGGACAAGGAGAUCAUCUGCCUGCACUGGCAUCCCACCAUUCAGAGUGUGAUGGCUGUGGCAAUGACAGAAAAGAAGACACAGCAGUUGGUCAGAUCUACUGGGCCACUCAUCGUUUUUUACACCUUCUCUGACCCCACUCAUGCCAAGAUACUGCUGGAGUGCCCAGAUGACAUUCUUGCCUUUGAAUUCUGCCCCUCUGAUCCAAAUAUUAUUGUUGGCGGCUGCGUGAACGGCCAGGUCGUGUUGUGGGAAAUAUCCGCUCAUGUCACGCAUUUACACCCAGCCCAACAUGGUCAUCAUCGACAUGAAUCUGUCAAAAAUGACAUGCUGGGCCUUGAGGACAAGAAACACACUAAAGCGCCACUUGUGCGCUACAGUGCAAUGUCUGGAGUGGAGAACAGCCACAAGGCACCAAUUACAGACGUCCACUGGCUGCCUCAGACAUUUGAGGUAACUGCUCAGGGCAUUCCAGUGGAGAACAAAUCCAAUAUUUCUGUUCAACUUAUGACCUGCUCCCCCGAUGGCUCUUUGAUGUUCUGGGAUAUCCGAGUGCCAAAACAAGCGCGCCAGACCAUGCCAGACAAGAAACAGAAUGAUUCGGAGAAUCAGAUGGCAAAUUACAGUGACAACAACCCUUUCAAACACUUGGAGAAAAUGUGGAAACCCUUCAUCACGGUUCCCUUGGUAAACAUGGAGCGGAACGGUGAUUACGCCCCAAUAAGAUUCAGCCUUUACCCCUUCGCCAGUAAUACGAAUAACAGCAAUGCCACAGUCACAGAAAGUGGUGGUGAUGGCUCACCGGUAACUCCAGACUACAGUAAGCUCGAAAUACCCUCAAUCAAAGGACUAACACCUCUGCCAGACGUAAAUACGAAGAUUUAUAUUGGAACACAGGAUGGGGAGAUUGUUUACACUGACUGGAAAAUGGAAAAAAACGACCUUGAUCAACUACUUAGUCCCAAGCCCCUUCAUCUUUUCAGAAUCCACCCAUGCUUGGUCAACACACUAGAACGCUCACCCUUUUUUAAAGACAUUGUCUUGACUGGAACGUCACUAUUUGGAAGCUGCAAUAUUGCCAUUUGGAAAGAAGGCGUGCUGGACGGACCCAUUUUCUUGUUCCCGAGCUCGGACGGGCUUUAUACUUCAGCAUGCUGGUCUUUGACCCGACCGGCAAUUUUCUUUGUCGGGAAAGGGGAUGGAAAAGUUGAGGUAUGGAAUAUUCUGCAAAAGUCAGGAGAAGCCAUCCACGUGCAAGAGCACAUGACCAAUGGCAAGAUAACCUGCAUGAAACCAUGGACCACCUCCUCCAAGCAGCACUUCCUGACUUUGGCUGACGAUCUUGGAAUCGUCCGAGUUUUUCAAAUCCCAUCGGCGUUCAAUCUUGCUUCCAGGAAUGAGAGACUGAACGUGGGGAAAUGCAUUAAUCAGCAGGAGGAGAGGCUAAAUGAUCUUUUGAAGAGGAAAGAAGUGUGGGAAACCCAGACACCUGCAUCAGAAGAGAAAAAGAAAGAGGCAAGUGAAAAGCCAGGGACCCCCACAGAAGAGCAGGAUGAUAUGAAGGAGUAUGAUAAUUUUCUAUUACUCGAGGAAAGCAUCCUUAAAAGCAUGGGCCUGACGCCAUGACAACACAUGCAUGGUUUGUUUCACACGUGUUGUUAUUGACAACGCACAAAAGUUUUUCUUUUUGAAUGUACAGGUUGUAUUUGAUUUUUCUUUAUUCUUAAAGUAAAAGGGGUAGUCUAUAAUGUUCAAGCUGCUUGCGGGAUUUGAAUGUAGC